ACUAAAACUAGAAUAUUAAUAAUAUCCUCCUAUGGCGUUUUAUUCAACCUCCAGAAUAAUUGCAGGUUUGUUGGUGGUGCUAUGGAGUGGUAGGUUGUAUGCUGCUAAUGGAUGCUUUUCAUCCAUCAUCAGCUUUGGUGACUCCAUUGCUGACACCGGGAACCUGAAAUAUCUGGCUUCCUUAUCCGAAGAUGUUGGAUUUCCAUGUGAUCCGCCUUACGGCCAAAAUUUCAUCGGCCAGUCCACCGGCCGCUGCUCCAAUGGCCGUCUCAUCAUUGAUUUCCUAGCGGAGAGUCUUGGGUUGCCAUUGAUACCACCGUAUUUAAGCAUCAAGGGGAGUGGGAGUGGGAGUUUGAUGGCAUUUAGGCAAGGAGUGAACUAUGCGACCGGGGGUUCUACAGCAAUGAGUUCGUCAUUUAUCGAAGCCAAAUGCGGUGAAAGUAUUGUGAUUAACGGAACUCUAAAAGAUCAGUUAGCAUGGUUUAAACAAUCGUUGCCUUUUAUUUGUGGCAACACUAAUUCUUCAGCUUGUAGAAAUUUCAUUGGGCAUUCUUUGAUACUUAUGGGUGAAAUUGGUGGUAAUGAUUACAAUCUUCCAUUAAUCCGGGGAAGAUCCAUUGAUUAUGUCCAAUCAUACGUUCCUCUUGUUAUUGAUUCCAUCGUCUCCACAAUCAAUGAGUUGAUUAAGAUGGGGGCUCAAACUCUAGUUGUUCCAGGAAACUUUCCAAUUGGAUGCUUUCCCUCAUAUUUGACAACGGGUGUGUCAGGUGUAUCUAAUAACGAAGGUUAUGAUCCUAUAACAGGUUGUCUCACCAAGUUAAAUGAGUUCAGCGAAUAUCAUAACAAAAUGUUGCAAACAAAACUAAAUCAGAUUCGAGAGCUUAAUCCUAAUGUCGUUGUUAUCUAUGCGGACUACUACAAUGCUCUAAUGCAAAUAUACUAUUCUCCUGAUGAAUAUGGAUUCACAAACGGGGCUUUGAAGGCGUGUUGUGGAGGUGGAGGGCCGUAUAAUUACAACGCAUCCAUAAGAUGUGGAGAUGCAUCCACGAUAUUGUGUGAUGAACCAGAUAAAUAUGUCAGCUGGGAUGGGGUUCACUUAACAGAAGCGGCAUACAAACUGAUUUUCAAGAGUUUAUUUCAAGGACAAUACACUACGCCUGAAUUUUAUUCCUUGUGUCCUAGAACAUCAACAUCUAAAGGGACAGUCAUAUCAUCGAGUUCUAUAUAACCAAUGCAAGCUUAAAUACAUAUAUUCUUGUGAUGACACGUGGCACAUGCUCUAUUUCACACGAAGGGGUAUUAUUGUCAUUUGUGUAUUUCUUUUUAUAUUCUGUAAGACCUCAAUCAUGGCGUUUUUAUAUUCUACUGAACAGUAUUUGCUAAAUAACGUUUAUAUUUACUGACUAUGAUUCCUAUGGCCA